AAGUCCCCAUAGUUCUCCUUCUCAUACACCAACGAGGCAUGGACGGAGUACAGCAUGUGGGGGGAGAGGAAGAAACCCAGACUUCCUAAUGGAAAUACAGUUAAGCAAGGUGAAAUUCCAGCAUGAGGUAUACCCUCCAGGUGGUGCAGAAGGUGAAUCCAGUCUCUUGGAGCAGCCAGUGUCACGGCAGGUUUUUAUUGUUCAAGACCUGGAGAUUAGAGAUCGCUUAGCUACGUCACAGAUGAAUAAAUUUCUCUAUCUCUACUGCAGUAAGGAGAUGCCCAGAAAAGCGCAUUCAAAUAUGUUAACAGUUAAAGCACUACAUGUCCGUCCAGAGUCUGGCAGAUCACCCCAGGAAUGUUGUUUACGUGUUUCACUGAUGCCACUUCGCCUCAAUAUUGACCAGGAUGCCUUGUUUUUCCUGAAGGAUUUUUUCACUAGCCUGUCUACAGAAGUAGAACUCCUAAUUACUCCAGAUCCUGAAGUUAAAAAGUCUCCAGGUGCUGAAGUUACGUGUAGUUUGCCCAGGCAUGUCAGCAGCCUUAAGGACCCAAGUCCAGUCAUUUCUUUCUCAUCACACAAGCAAGCAAAUGAAAAUGGUAGCAUUGAUUCUGUGGAUGUGGUUAAUGGAGAUGAUCAUAAUUUCUCACAAGAAGUGACAUCAUACAGUGAUCAGCCAGUAUUUUUCAGAGAAUUUCGUUUUACAUCAGAAGUUCCAAUACGACUUGAUUACCACGGCAAACAUGUGUCAAUGGAUCAGGGGACACUGGCUGGGAUUCUUAUCGGGCUUGCUCAGUUAAACUGCUCAGAAUUAAAGCUGAAGAGACUUUGUUACAGACAUGGUUUGUUAGGUGUGGAUAAAUUGUUCUCCUAUGCCAUCAGUGAAUGGCUUAAUGAUAUAAAGAAAAACCAGCUACCAGGAAUUUUGGGAGGAGUAGGGCCUAUGCAUUCGCUAGUGCAGUUAGUCCAAGGUCUGAAAGAUUUAGUGUGGUUACCAAUAGAGCAGUACCGAAAGGAUGGCCGUAUUGUAAGAGGUUUUCAAAGAGGAGCAGCUUCUUUUGGUACUUCCACUGCGAUGGCAGCACUGGAGCUAACAAACAGAAUGGUUCAGACUAUACAGGCAGCUGCAGAAACUGCAUAUGACAUGGUUUCACCAGGGCCUACUUUUAUUGAAGCAAAAAAAAUCAAACGAUUCCCUCGCCAUCGUUUAGCUCAUCAGCCAGUAGACCUACGGGAAGGUGUAGCCAAAGCAUACAGUGUUGUAAAAGAGGGGAUUACGGACACAGCACAAACCAUCUAUGAGACUGCUGCUCGUGAGCAUGAAAACAGAGGAGUAACUGGAGCAGUAGGAGGAGUCCUCCGCCAAAUUCCACCAACUGUGGUGAAACCUUUCAUUGUUGCAACAGAGGCAACCUCAAAUGUUCUAGGUGGAAUGAGAAACCAGAUCAGGCCAGAUGUGCGUCAAGAAGAGUCUCAGAAGUGGCGCCUUGGGGAAGAUUAAGAUUAUAAAUCUGGCUCAGCAGGCAGGUAGCAAGGCUGGAAAUGCAGAAGAUUGCCCCUUGGCAGCUUUAGAUGUCAUGCUCAUCUCAGGAACAAAUGAGGUUUUCAGCUACUAUUAGCAAAACAUCCAACCAAAAAUAUUUAUGAAGUGAAAAGCAAAUUGGUACUUGCUUAUACUAUGUGUUACCAAUAAUUUGGUAGAUAGUGCCAAACAUAGCAAAGCAUGCGCUGCCAACUCAGAGACAUGCUUGCUCUAUUCUGUUUACCAUAUUUUUCCUUGGUAGAUUUAACAUCUGAAGCAGUAGCCUGUAUGGUGAAACUAAGUAUACUUUAAAGAUAUUUGCUGAGCAUAGUCAAAGAACUGUCUUCAAUAAAGGGCUCUGCAGAUGCUCUUCACUGACUAAAGGACAAAAGCUUUCAUUUUGGAUAUGAGACAUGAAGGCUAUGUAAUAUGGAAGCAGAUAAGAUAAUAUCGUUUAGUGGUCAUAAGCAUCGCUUUCAGCGUGGCACUUACAGCAAGGGCAAGCUUGAUAAACCAUUCAGAAUUUAGAUUCAGUGUUGAUACACGUAUUAACAGGAUUUGUUCCUAAAUAUUAAAUACCUACUUUUGUGGGUCUUUGAAGAACCUGAAUGUUGCAGAAAUGUUCUGUUGUGUUGCACUUUAAAGGAUAUUGCCUGUAUAUUGUGCUUUUUUUAUAGUGUGAAUAAAAUGUAAUGUGCAUUA